UAGGCGCACGCGCCAUUUUAGUUUUUUAAAUUUGGCGCCGGCUGUGUGAUGGUGGCGCUUGCGGCGGCCAUUUUGUGAAACUCUCUUUUCGUUGACUUUAGCUUGAGUGGUGAAUUAAUUGCAACUCAGAAUGGAAAACGACGCAGGUGAAUUUGUUGACUUGUAUUGUCCAAGGAAAUGCUCAGCAAGUAACCGAAUUAUUCAUGCCAAGGAUCAUGCUUCCAUUCAGUUGAGCAUUGCUGAGGUUGAUCCCCAGACUGGAAGGAUGACCGACACCUCAAAAAGUUACGCUUUGUGUGGGGCUAUUAGAAGAAUGGGGGAAUCUGACGACUGUAUCGUUAGAUUGACCAAGAAAGAUGGAAUUCUUGCAAAGAACUUCUAAGGGAUUUGUUCGAAUAUGAACGUUGCCCCCACUUACUUGUAAUUUUUUGGUUAAAUAAAUCAUUUAUACAAUUA